AGACAAGAUUUUAGCAUUAUCGCCACGCGGCCCCAGACGUUCGACUGGAGUCGCGCGAGCCGCGGCACACGCUUCGGUUUUCUUCGAGGCACGGGAUGUCCGUACCCACUCCGUGGCUCCUGGGUCUUUUUCUUCUGGGAAUCCUGCGCAGUUUCCUGCCGAAGAUCCAGACGAGUGUGACGGAGGGCGUGUUUUGGUGGGAGGCCAGCGGGGAACUGGUGGACGAUGGGACGGACAGGCCUGAGGCUAGCGGUGCUGUAACUGCCCAGGGUGGCCCCGUAACUACGGUAGCGAAGACCCAGUUCCUUAAUGAUUCGCUUCGGACCUCCACGUCACCAGCCGCGGUGGAGCUGUACCAGCGGCUAUCGUCCAAUAUGGUUUCUUCUGCUCCGAAGACCCUGUUUGGGCACCAAGACGAUUUUGCGUACGGCUACGCGUGGCCGUAUAAGCGGGGGGAGCCUCUUCCAAAAUAUGGAGAUGCUUGGAAGAGUGACGUGUUUUUCGCCACGAAUCAGAAAGAGUAUCCAGCAGUGUUUGGGUUCGAUAUCCACAAUCUGGAUUCUAAGUCGGGUCGGAACAUCGACGGUAUCGACAAGGACGACAUGCGGAAGUGGAUUCACGGGCUGUUUCAUGGCCCCAGUAAACUCAGUUUGGGUGGAGGAAAGCCGAUCGUAACUCUGUCCAUGCACCAGGCUAACCCCCUCACCGGUGGGACUGCCUUCGACAACACCCCCGGUACUGUGAAGGCAAUUCUCCCAGGAGGUGAGAAGCACGACCACUAUGUAAACGGCGUUCUCGCCGCCCUGGCCGCCUUCUUCAGGGACCUCUCCUCUGCAGGGAUAGCCGUCGUGUUCCGACCCUACCACGAGCACAACCAGAAGUGGAGCUGGUGGCAGACGACGGCCUGCACCGCCGAGGAGUUCGUCCAGCUCUGGAGGAUGACUGUGGACUACCUGCGGGGGCCUGGCGGGGUCGACAACGUCCUCUACGCAAUCUCGCCACAAGACGUGGGGGGGGACAGUCCGGACGGUGCCUUGGCGGAGUACUUCGACGAGCGGUAUCCGGGCGAUGCUUAUGUGGACUUGUGGGGCUUCGACGCUUAUCGCCUCUACGACGGGACGGAGGCCCAUCGGCUGGGUCGGAAGCUCAGGAUGCUCGUUGACCACUCGCUCGCGGAAGGCCGGAGGAAGGGCCUCACGCAUCCCAAGCCGGUCCUCCUGACCGAGGUCGGCGGCUUGGCCAGGUCCGGGCAGGGCAAGCCCGACUACGUUCCACACUCGUGGUGGACUCGGCACCUGGGGCAUGCGCUCGAGAUGGCUCAGAGCAGGGUGGCCUAUGCUCUGGUCUGGCGCAAUGAAUACCAGUCGUUGGACUGCUUCGUGCCGGUCCCGCUCGGGGGGUUCAGGAGCAUCUGCCAGCUGGAGGACUUCCAGGAGUGGGUGUCCAGGACGACGGUGGGGCUUCUGGCCUUCACUGGGAUUCCUCCAGACGAUACGGCGGCGUCGGUCCAGAUCGUCUGACGGCCUGUAAACUUUUAGCUUGUACUACGCUACUUCACUGUUGUACCGUUUGGAUCUCUCCCAGAACGCGGUUUUUCCGGUGGGUCUGCCUCCAUCAGUUACCCCCAAUGGGUCGGAAAAUUCUACUCACGUGUCUACGUUCGUACGUCUUCUUAUUCCACUGAAGAUAUGGGCAUGGUUGUCGCCCACUCUCGCGAGGCUAGUGCGUUGUUUUCAUUGCACGCGAUUUGAGAAAUUCUAGCCAGAGCCUGGUCAAGGUUGGUGCCAAGUAGUACGGUGAAUAUCGCUCCGCUUUGUGCUUCAAUCCCCGUUCCUUGAGUGUGCUUCCAGCAAGUGUAAAAGAAAGCUGUACCAAGGAAUGCCCUGCUUGAGGCAGGGGUGGUUUUGCACGUAUCUCAUGAUGUUGUAUCUUAUUUGGUAGUUAGAUACACCACCGCUGAUCGUUGGCCGAGCGCUGCAUCGGCAACACUUGGAAGGGGAACAAAUAUCAGAGUAGGAAUGUGAGGUCCAAUCAUUUUAGGCGAG